CUGAUUGAAUGGUGAAGGGUAACACUCGCCCGCUACAUUGUAACAAAGCGGCGGAGUAUCACUGUGAUACCGACCUGGCUGAGUAACAAACUAGAGACAAUGGAGCCAUGAAGAUCACUGGUUCGUAUUCAGUGAGGCACGAUAGAGGGGUUUGGGAAAAGAUAAAGUGAAGUGAGAGCAAGGGGGCAGGAAAAAAAGCGCUGGAUGGUGCUAUGGGAUGGAUGAAGCAGAGCAGAAUAAAUACGUGUUACAGCUUAAGGAUGUGUUUGACAGCUGUGACACUACAGGGACUGGAUACCUGGACAGAGAGGAACUGAGUGACCUGUGCCAAAAGCUCCACCUGGAAGCUCAGGUCCCUCUUCUACUGCAGACACUUUUGGGAGGCAACUAUCACGGCCGGGUAAAUUUUGAGGAGUUUAAAGAAGGAUUUGUUGCUGUGUUAUCUACCAGUAUUGACCUUGGUAAUUCAGAAGAUGAGAGCAGUUAUUUAGAACUAGCUACCCCAGAGCAGGUUGAGCCAAAGUACGUCAGGGGAGCCAAACGAUAUGGCCGCCGAUCUAUACCCGAAUUUUUGAAUUCCAAAGUGGAAACGACAGACGAUUUGGAGGAUUCACUUUGCUUUAGGACAACAAAGGAUGAACUGUUCACACAAAGCACCAGCAGAAAUACUUUGAGACAUUCAGCAUCUCUUGAGAGCAUAGAGAGCAUCAAGACUGAUGAAGAGCUUGAGCAUCAUAAAGAAACUUUGCAUGAAAUCUUUGAAGCACAAGGUCAGUUGAGCAGAUGGAAUCCUGGUGGCUUUGACAGUCCCAGGAGGUCCUCCACUCCUUACCCUGGAGCUACAGAAAACCACGUUCAAGCCAUCUGGGAUGAGCUGGGAGUAGGGAAGAAUGGCUACCUCAACAAGGAGGAAUUGGCAACAGUCUGCAAUAAUAUUGGCCUAAACGACCUCAAAGACAAAGUAUGUGUGUUAAUCGCGACUUUACUGUAAUUCACCUUUAGUGUAGAUAUGUGUU